CCGGAAGUGGACCUCACGACUGUUCCAGUUGGAAACCUUCCUUACCAGACCAGUGAAGAGGCCGUUGGAAAUCAUUUCAGUCAAGCUGGCCACGUGACCAAUGUGAAAAUCGUAUAUGAUCGUGAAACUGGACGUAUGAAGGGUUUCGGAUUCUGUGAUUUUGCCGAUGCAGCUGGAGCGAGCAACGCCGUCAACACACUCAACGGAGCUGAUUUUGGUGGUCGGCAGCUUCGGUAUCCAGUAUACUUCUUCGUAGCCGCUUCCAAUUCACCAAUAAACUCUGCUACAAUGGGAUCUCGUGGUGUUCAUUCCGUCUAUGUUGGAAACCUUCCUUACCAAACCAGUGAAGAAGCCGUUGGAAAUCAUUUCAGUCAAGCCGGCCAUGUGACCAAUGUGAAAAUCGUAUAUGACCGUGAAACUGGGCGUAUGAAGGGUUUCGGAUUCUGUGAUUUCGCCGAUGCAGCUGGAGCGAGCAACGCCGUCAACACACUCAACGGAGCUGAUUUCAGUGGUCGGCAGCUUCGGGUGAACUACGCUAACAGGAAUUGA